GUUGGAAAGUGCAGAGUUGGGCCGGAAUUCAACCGGAGCACCUUCGCAAACUUAGCAACCCAACUACUCUGCUAAUAUCUCAGUUUAAAGUUACUUCAUGGUUAGGUGAUUCUGUCAAUUUCUCACAAUUCAGAAGGUAACCAAAAACACAGAAAAGCCAGGAUGAAGAGGGUAAAAGGUAUCGAUGGUGCAUCCUAGGGUUUCAUCGCUUGAAUCUCCAAGUGUGGCAUCACUUAGCACUCCAAUCAAAACAGGUAAUAAAUACAUCAAUCUGACUAGCCUACAUCUGUUGAUAUCUUGAAGCAUUUGGAAUCCAUGUUUUGUAUUUAAACUACUGAUAACUUGGGGUGAGCAACAAGUUUUCUGUGUGUUUUUGCUUGAUUUUCAUAUGGAAGGAAGAGUGGCACAAUUUUGCUGGUGUUUAGAAUUAAAUGGAAUGUGGAGGAAGAGUGAUGUUCUGGUUGAGGAACUUUGUGAUUGCCUCUAAAAUUUCAAAUCGAAUGCCAGAGUAUCCCUGGAGGAGGGUGUUGAUCCUGACCAGCAUGGCUGCUCUGCUGGCUGAGUGAGGCAGCAUAUGUGGAGAAAAAAAAAAAAGAGAUGGGUUUAACUGCUGACCGUUUGGGACUUAACGGUCAGCAGUGAGGGCAACAUGGAUGGUGUUAGGGGAGGGAUGACAACAAACAAAAAAAGCCAAGUAGAGGGACGACGUUUUGGCUCUUUGGAGAGUAGAGGGACGACAACGAACAUGACCUUAGUAGAGGGACAAGAACGAAUAAAAUAUUAAAGUAGAGGGACGACAGUUGGCUUUAAACCUAAAAAAUAAUGAUAAAUAAAUUUAAAAUUUAAAU